AUGAAUAACGAAGCCAAACAAGCCAUUCAUUCUCUCAAGCAGUUAACCGAAUCUUUAGCCGGCGUACUUAAAGGCCUAGCCCAACACGAAGUACCAGAUAAGGAGAUGCAACGGUUUUUAAGCAGUGCCGAUGAGCUUAGGCAGUACUUAGAAGCCGUUCCAGCCGACAAAGCACCACCCGGAAGCGAUUUAGGCAUAGGAGUUUUCUCCAUCACCGAACAUCUACCCACGGACUCUCCAUCCCACCCCAACCACACAACAACUAAAUAG